AUGCCCGGUAGCCCUAGUAAGAAAAAGAGAACGAAGCGCAAAGCUCCAGAAUCUGAUCUCAAGGUGCUCGACGGGCAAGCAGGCUCGGGAAAGCGAUCACGAGCUCACGCCAAGGCAUCGUUGCCGCUGAAUAACGACGCAGAUGAGUCUCAGCAUCGCCCUUCGGGUCGCGCAGGUGCAGGGAAAGGAGGUAGGGCAGCUCAGCUGGAAAAAAUAGGUGCUAUUUUGGAUGCUCCAGCGCGGACGAGUCAACCGAAGGGCGCCACAUCCCUUAAUGCUGAUUUUCCCGUGAAUCCUCUUGCUCCAGAGCUACCUCACAAGGGUCGUGGAAGUCGCUCCAAAAUUAAGCAGCCCCCUCCUCCUUACACCACUUCAGGGACAUUGGAUUCAAACACCGUGGCUCCCAGACCACGGCCAAAGAAAAUUAAGAAAACUGUCGCUCCUUCCCUGAACCUUGAGGCCUUGAACAACCAGCCCGCUUUCGUUCAACGCGAAGUUGGUGGACAUUACGAAUUUUCUCCACCCAUCGUUCCUCCUGGAACAGAACCGGACCUUCAAGCACUCAACAACUCAUUUGUGGCUGCAGCCAAGGCAGCCAAGGAGCAAUGUACUCCGUCUGCAUCUCACGGCUCGCAUCUUGCUGCUGACGCCUUCAAACGCCGUCUUCCUUCUGCUGCUUCUAGCGAUGCUGAUUUGUCACAACAGUUACUUUCAAGGCCAGCUAUUGUGAACCUGCCGGACGCUCGCUUGUACGAGAAUCUGGAUCCCACCCUUCGGCCAACCAACCAGAGCGACUUCGGGCUGCAAGGCACAGACUCUGAAGGUUCAGACGUGUCCGAGGAGGGGAGUGAUACAUCUGAUGGAGACGAAGAUGGUGCAGACGAAGAGAUUGGUUGGGGAGAAUCUGGAGGAUGCCAUAAUGCACAUCCUGGUUUUUCGGUGGAAGUCCAACCGUCCCAACCUCGGGCUGCCAUCGCUCUUCUGACCGACUUCGAAUUCCAGCACUCGCGGGAUGAAGAUGAUCAAGCAGCUGGGAGAGCUUUGGCAUCCAGUGAUUCUUCAAGUAGUGAUGAUUCGGCAACGGAUGCCCCCCAGCCGGCUGAUGUACUGGAACUUCACCAUAAGAAAAAUCGUCAUCCCCGCCUUCCUGAUCCUGUCCUUCUGGACCUCCUCCGUGGUGCUGAAACGGCCAAUAUGUCAGGUUCAAAGAUGAAGGCAAUGAAGGCAUCCAAGGACCCAGGCGAUGGACCCAAGUCCACACAACUAGCCUGGUAUGGUCCCUGCUGGAAGCGCUUUCUUGAGGGAGCAAAGGGAGAGUGUCGUGUCGUGCACGCUCUGGAGAAUCCAUUCCCGAGACUUGUUCCUGAUCUAUCGACCAGCAUCACAGAAUCACUCUCAGCUUCUCUUGUUGAAUGGCUCAAGGAUGGUAAUCAAGUUGAAGCUGAUGUAUGGCCCGCUCGCAAACCUGAUAUGGCAAGACUGUUAUACGAUGAUCUAUCAACUUGGCGGUCAGACCUCAAGAAGAUAGUUGUCGCCAUCACUCCUUCUGUAUACAGUCUCAUCCCGCCGACCGAUCUUUCCACUCAGGAGUGCGCGAAUUGGGUCGAAGCAGCUGCUGCAAACUUGCUGGAUAAAUCUAAAUAUUUGCACGACGGGAAGGAUGAAUUGGGGAAGACUAAAAAUUUUGUGCACCCUGGACUUCGCGAAGCCGCCAUUCUUUUCAUCUAUGUAGGGUCUUAUCGCAUCGCUCAUAGGCGACCAGACAUCUUUUGCAAGCAGAUACCACUAAAUUGUUUAGCUCUCGUCGCUACAGUGUUCAACUGUAUCCUUGACGGCCUCGGAAAAAACGGCAAUGGGAAGACUUACCCCAAAUUUUCCUCGAAGGAUUACCUGUCCAUCUACCAGAGAAUGCUGGCACUGCUCGAAGACAUCAUGAAUGACCCUUACCAUGGCCCGAAAUUGGUGCAGCAGCUUCGUCGAUGGGCUGAAGCUGGAUGGGCGGAGUGCUGCAAGCUCGACGGCACCGACAUGGCCAAGUACACCCACCUGCAGAUAGAACUGGAUUGA